AUGAACGAGACUGCUGAAUCACAUCACGAUGAACACGGACAUUUUGAAGGAAUUACAGCAGCAUCAGUCACACUUUUGGCAGGAAUUUGUAGCGCUUUGCUUGGCUUCGUUUCAUUCGCAACAAACAGUGUUCUUCUAUGGACUCUUUUCAAAGAUCCGUACAUGUAUUUCCGAGUGCGCCCCACAACUUUCCUCGUGGUAAGCCUCUCGCUAAGUGAUUUACUUGGAGGAAGUUUCGCGCAACCUUUGUACUCAACAUACAUGCUUUGCCUUCCAUAUAAAGUCAAUUUACCAAGCCUACACAAGAUUUCUACUAUUUCUUCUCAUAUUAGCACCAAAAUAUCAAUUUCAACGGUCGUGGCGUUAUCAGUGGAUAGAUUUCUGGCUAUAAAGCUUAUUUGGAAGUAUAGGACGCUUAUAACAUUGCGAAAGGUCGCCAUAUGUAACAUUUUGAUAUGGCUCUUUUGUGGGCUGUUUGAAGCAUUGCACUCCAUAAGUACAUCAAAGGAAAUAUUCCACACAGUGGAUCUUCAUAUUCAGUCAACGGCUCCACUGACAAUACUUUGCGUUGUCAACGCAGCGACUUACAUUGAAUUCCGCCGAUAUUCAAGAAACGUCGCGUUUCUGCAACAAGACAAUGGAGGAAGAUCGCGCGUUUUUGCUCGGAACAUCCGUGUGGAAAAAAAGAUCGUUUUGACAAUUAUUCUGAUCACAAUCGUGUUGUUUAUAUCACUUAUGCCCUACCUAAUUGUUACUAACUUGGAGGAGUGGUGUCCCAAGGAACAAAGCAAUGUGUGUGAUGGACCAGCUUUUGAAAUAUCCAGAGCUCUAUCAAUGUCGAUGUUGUGCGUAAGCUGCGCUGUAAAUCCGUUUCUAUACGCGUGGAGAAUACCGCAGUAUCGACAAGCGCUAAGAGCUGUUUGCCGCACAACUUUCAGCAGGUUUGCUUGAGGGAACCGAACUACGUGUAUUAGUAAAGGUUUAUCAGCCUUUCCUACUACUUCAGACUCUGGAAGUUAAUCGAACAGAACACUCCUGCAGGGGAUCAAAUUCAACCAAAGCAAGAGUGACUGAAAUCGCUAAGACUUAGGCACGAGACCAAAAUGCUCUUAAUGGAGCGCAAUUAAUUUUUCUGUUUAUGGAGCGUGUAAAAGGAGAUAUCAAUAUCUUUGUUCAAUCCUCCUCGAUCUUUGUAAUUCAGAAUUUUGUAUCUUUUUUUUUUCAAAGGGUUAACAGGCUAUAGAGUGUGUGAAAAUAUCAAAGCUUGUCUCAAAAGCACAAGACGUAAUUUUUAAAGCUCGCUUGUAAAAUGUCUUAAAGAGGAAAUUCAAAGCUUAACGACAAAAAAGAAAAAACACCUUUUAAGUAUUUGCAUUUUUCAUUAUUUUUUGGGAUGACGCUGAAUGAAGACUUUGUAAAUUGAAUGCGAUUGAAGAUAAACAGCGGAAAUGGAGCUUUAUUUCUCAAAUUUUAACGAAUCUGUGAACAAUGAAUGUUGAUUCUGGGUUGUAAAGACUGUUGAUCACACGAAAAAAGUCUUAGAAAUGUGAUACGGCCAAAUUUCUUGGCUUUCUGAUGUGAAAUCCGAAUGAUGUAAAAAAACUGUUUAAUUUUUUUUUUCAGUCAGUUACUCCACCCAACAUUGCAUCGAGAAAAUUUUGUUUAGGUGCCAGAAAAUUCAGUGAUCAGCGUGAGACGAGUUGAUCAAAACGUUUUAAUGGGUUGUCUUUCGUGCACAAAUGACGAUGUCUGGUGGAUUUCCUAAAGAGUAAAUAUACAUCCAUUGUAAAAGUAAAAAGCAAGGAUGACAGGUGCUCUACAUAUCCGCUUUCAAAUGUGAAAAACUAUGGCUUAAUUAAACUGUUGUCAGAUUCUAUCAACAACUUCGUAUGGGUUAAAUUACGCUUUGAAAAUUUGUUUAUACACGGAACCAGACAGCGAGAUCAUAUUUAUUACUAUUUAGGUUAACAUUUUCGCUCUUUCCACUGAGCGGCAAUCGGACAUAUUUCACUUCCCGGCGGCAAAAAAAUGACACAACUACCGAUUUUAUACUCCGAUCGGGGCGACCGGCGGAAAUCGCCGGGUGUGCCCGGUGCGGCGACUGCGAUUUUCGCCGAUCGCGGCGAUCAGCGUAUAAAAUUGCCAAUAUCUAUGGCAUGUCACCUAAUAAUGAUGUUUGGUUAACAAAGUUGUAUCUUUCAGAGUGGUGCUAGCCUGCAGUGCGGCAAUCGGACAUAUUUCACUUCCCGCCGGCGAAAAAAUGACACACUUAGCGAUUUUAUACGCUGAUCGUGGGGCUAUCUAUAAAAUAAAAUGAGGAAUCUUUAAAAGCGGGAAUCUUCAAAACGGGGAAUCUUUAACUGCGGGAAUCUUUAAAAUGGGGAAUCUUAAAAAACACUUGCUGAUUUCUCAGCGAAGGACAAGAAUUUUGUGGAAAAUACUAUGCUUAUGAUCGUCCAACUGUAGUAAAAGUCGCUUUCAUGUUAUGGUGAUCAUGCCAUAUCAGGCAGUAAAGCAGCCAAGAAAUGUUUUGAAAGCUUUUUGGAAACGUAAACGAGUAUAAAGUUUCGAAAUUUGAAGCCUGCUACAAGGAGUAUUUCUGUUUACAGUAUUCAGCUUUCUAUGCAUUUGUUCAAGCGUGAAACAUGCAAGUUUGUGUACGUACAGUCACAUUACCGUGUUUAUGUUUCUGCACGUACAAAUUACCUUUAAUCAAGAUUUAUUUUCCGCCAAAUCCUGUUUUAUGUCGUUUGUAAAGCUUUCUCACGCGUUCAAAUUAAAGUCGGUGCUUAACAGCAGCGCGACAGUUUGUCUAGACAAAGCUGUAUAUUCCACGCUUGAACAAACAGAAAAAUUGAGCCAUUCAUUACGCUUUGUUAGGAAAGGAAUUGCCGCAACAAAACAUGUUGAUCAAAACAAAGAAUCUGAUACUGAAAUUUAUUAGUGACAGCCGGAAAUGGGGAGAAAAUGAGCCUUGACAAAAGCCUACAAAUUCACGCUGAAACUGAAAAAUUAUUUUGAACCCUGAAUAAUACCAUUCUCUCAUUCCCCAUUCUCCUAUUCCCUGUUCUUAAUUUUAAAGAUAGCCCUGAUUUAGGGCUGUCCACAAGUUGCUCCAAUUUUCUCAAAAAGUUGCUCCAAAGUUGCUCCAAAGUUGCUCCAAAGUUGCUCCAAAGUUGCUCCAAAGUUGCUCCAAAACUCUAAAAGUUGCUCAAAAGUUGCCCCAAAAUCCAAAAGUUGCUUUCAGUUUUUUAGUGUAAGAGAUUGAUUAACAACUUAAAUAAAGAUUUAAUGAAUAGAUUUCACUUUGCACAGAUAUUAUAUACAUAAUUAUAUCAUACUGACUUAUCAAUAUUGUAAGACUGAGUCUCUCCCAACCCAAGUCAUAAAAAUCUGAUUCUCUGUAUUGGCUUUCUAUUACGAUAACCACGUGAUUGUAUUCGAACAAAACAAACUUUGCUAAUAUGCUUAUUAAAUAUAAAAAGUUUCUCUGGCAUACACGAGUGUAUGUGGUAUAAAACCAUAGUCUUUCAAUAUUUACAUCUUUGCAGAUGUAGUACAGAGCGCUGUCCCUGUUGGUCAAUGUUUUGCACCACCUGCUAGUCCUCUACAGACAUAUAGUUCAAGAUUUCAUGUGCGCUUAUCGUCAUUGUAACGUAACAUGACCGAUGUUUCCACUGUUUCCUCUAAUGCCGCCUCUUGCUGCUUGCUAAAUGCUUACCAUGUUUGUUUUGGACCUUUUUGUACGGUAGAUUAGCACUUUACAUGAUGAUGUGAAGUCGACCAUUUGCAUGAUGAUGUCAAGUUCACACAUUCAUUUCUCCACAUAACUUGAAUUUGGUAGACUCACUGGCAUGAAAUUACAAUUUCAAUAAUAAGAAAACUUGAAAGCCUCUGGUAGUUUAAAUCAUAUGAUAACAUCAUGAACUUGCCUGUACAUUGAACUCUGCUGUGUUUAAGUUAUGUCUCUGAUUACUGUUCCUGAAAUCUAUUAUGGUGACGCUCUAUCUCUAUUGAACUUUCUGUUAAAUAAAACCUCCAGGUCAAAUUGUAAAUCUUAUUGGGUUAAAAAUUAUUAGCAGCGUUAAUGUAAUGUUACUUCAGAGUACUUAACUCAACAUAUGAUUCAUUAAAGUAUUGCUUGUGCUCUGAUCUUAUAAUGCACCUAUCGUUUUUCCUUAGACUCUUCCAUUUGCAACCUCAUAUCUACCUACCUGAGCUAAAUUUUUCUGUGUUCUUUAUUGAAAAUACAGUCCCACAAAACCUAAAUACAAUAAUUAUAGUAAACGUUUUGCUCUCAACAGACUGAAAGUUGAACUUUAUGCCCUAAUGGACAAAAGAAACCUACACUCAGCAUUGUGUUACUUUACAUGUAUGUAUUGUCCAAAAUUAGUCAUACAUUCAAACCAGAUCAAGCUCCCAAUGGCUUCGUAAGCCACACAUGUACGCAUUGCGGACCUAUUUUUCCCGCUUCGCUGUUGCCAUUUUGUUUGUUUACAUUGGUUCGCGCAAUUUUUAUACGUCACCUGAUGAAACCUGGGAUCAAGGCUGAAGUGCCACAUUGUCGCGAUCGGCGAAAAAAAUGUUUUCCUGGAAAAACUGGAUCAAGGAUCACCGGAUCAAGGAUCAAGGAUCAAGGAUCAGUUCAAAAUGAAUCAAAUAAAUUAAAUAAAUCAUGUUUGAUUGCUCAUCUACGUGACUCAGUCAAUGCUCAACCAAAAAUCAGAGAAAAAUAAGCGAAAUCGGCACAAAUAUAAUAGAUAUAAUAAACAUAAAUAUACUAAAUACUGAAAAAGCCAUACCAAAUUGGAAGUGGAAGUGCCAAUUUUCGCCUACCGACUAUUAAGACAGCUAUUUAAGACUGACAGCUACAGAGUAGGUUUACUUGUGCAUACGCUAUAUUCACAUGAAAUUUCCAAAUUAUCCCGAGUGUCGGUAUGUGAUUACGUAUCUGACUUCCUGUGCAAUUUCAAAACACGAAGCCGUUUUUGGCAACUGCCGGAGUGAACAGCAAAUUUUCAGCCGCUUUUACUUCAUCUCUUCAAAUUUUCACCGAGUCAGACGUCAUAUCCUUAAAGGAAAAGCAGAUGGAAUGCAUCUGAAGAAUCACUUACUUAGAAGAAGACGUUUUCGAUGUUUUUCCAACGGGCUUAGACAAGAGACAUGAUUCGGAAGGUGAUAAAAUUGUAUCGCCCCACUGAGUUGUUGUUGUGAGUCCCCUGCAGUAUACACGGAAGCAACAAGUCGAAAAUCCAGAACACUCACUGGAGAAUUGAAUUAGUGUUUUAGUCUUACGUGAAUAUUUUUUUAAAGAAAGUACCUGACGACUAACGAGGAGGAAUUGUUUUUUCUUUUUUUUGUCACCAGUGAGCAUAGCAGGCAGAAAAUUUGGUCCCACACUUUUGAUCACUUCCGACAAAAUAAAGGACCUUAAGGUUUACCGAUUCUCUCUUUCUCAAUAGCUUCAACAGGGGAACUGCACCAACGGUUAAGCAUGGUACGCAAAAGCAGAUGUGCUUAAAAAAACGUGACUUUUUUAAACUGCUUUUUCGCGAACAGAUAAAUAUCCAGCUCAAUGUCAAAGAGAAAACCUGCGAAUAUUUGUUAGAUCGACUAAUGCUUGGGUGAAAAUGCAAAGAAUUGGAAAAUAAUAGCAAUUUUGUUGUCCAUUGGCCGUGUCUACAAAUGUGUGCAGAAGAAAGAUUUGUGUGAAUGACAAAAAAACCCUCUGUUUUCAUUUCUCUAGUGAAAGAAUAAAAUUACAGACGUUUGCAUUGUCUAUGCAAUGAAAAUCCCCGGAAACUACAUUGGAAUCAAGAAUAGACAGUUUCUUAUCUAACUUGCGAUCAAGCGUUCUUGGGGUAGCGUGAAAGUCGGAAGACGGGGGAAGGGCUGAAAAACAACGCCUGUCUGUGAACAGAGAGAGAUCUUGACUGAGUCACAUAGAUGAGCAAUCAAUCAUGCCUAUUAAUUUAUUUAAUUUAUUUGAUUCAUUUUGAACUGAUCCUUAAUCCUUGAUCUCUGAUCCCUGAUCCCUGAUUCAGUGAUUCAGUGAUCUUUGAUCCAGUUUUUCCAGGAAACCGAAAAAAAGUGAGUCCGCAGCGAUCUUACGCGAUCGGCGUAUAAAAUCGCCAGUUGUAUCGCCGGCUUAAAGUACACCGCAACCGAAGACGUAAAUUACCAAUUAACCGUCAGAUGUUCCCUAAUUUUUGGCAAUAACUAUAUAUUAAUAUUUGUACGUUAACUCUGAAAUAAAGAUGUCAACUAAAGCAAUAAUGACGCCAUGGGAGUCAUUACUGAGGCGAUUAGUUUAACCACUUAUCGUACCCAAUCGCCUGGCUCAUUAUUAUGAUAUUAAGAAAGGUUGCGCGGGGCUGUAAGCAGGUUAUUAAUGGGACAAUUAGAAUUGGUUCACAAACUGAUCGAUACACCUAAUAAGGAUGCCUUGUUGCAUUUCGAAGUUGCGGUGUCUAUCCACUUAGUGUACUCUGCGCCCUCGACAUGAGGCCGAGGUUUACAAAGUUUGAUGGUUUAGAGUGGCGCCGGCCUGCAGUGUGGGCGUCUUAUCAGGACGAGUGAAUAUUAAGAAGCUCGCCAUCAUUUGUAUUCUAUAUUCCACAGGCCGUGUUUGAUUUGGAGUUAGAGUCGUCGCCCACCCUUAGUACAAAUUUCUUUCUUUUCCCAGCCUUCCGCUGCUAUAAAAAUCAAAGGUGGCAGCUAUAAUUUUCCCUAAGAUAAUGUUGAGCGCUCACUCGCCAAAAUAACGCCUGCUCUGUAGAGUGCGGCCAAUUCGCGCCCAUUUUCGCCUGGAUUUCUAAGGUACGCUUACAGUAGAUAUCUCCAAUAACCUCAUUGAAAAGUAGACAAAAGAACAUUCCUUUCCGAUCAUUUCAUCAAAUCCAAUCACAAUCGACACAUUGUAAAACAAAACAUAAAACCAAAUAUAUCGUGCUAGAGGACUCUCAAGUUUUUGUCUUGCUGACGAUCUUCUUUCCAACAUCUACUGACUAAGUAGUUGAAAAGGAAUGUUUCAAUGUUGCGCACGUGCAAACAGAAGUUAGUGCGCAGAAGAUUUGUUACUUAUUUGAACACCCUUCAAACAAAGACUGAAAAGUCAAUUUUAAGAUCUUGGAAUUAUUUCAUUCCAAGAUUGAGAAAAGAGAGUUCUUAUUUUCGAUUCAAUUUUCGAGUUUACGUCUAAAGUGCCUUUGAAGCCAAAAAUAGGGUCGGAAAGUAAUAAUUAACUCGCCAAGUAAAUUAUCAACAGUUAUUUAGUUGACAACUGACAAAUGGCCUAAAAUCUAACUGAGAACUGAUAAAUGGCCGAAAUUUUAGCUUACAACUGACAUUUGUACCUGACCAUCUAGACCCUCUUGUAGCAGAAGCCACCGUACAGUAAACUACCAGACUGGUUAGAAAGGUGGUGAAUUUGCGCAACUUAUGGGUCUCAAUAAGUGAUACGCAAAGGUUCUCGGACGAAACAUGAAUAAUGUGUUAACAAUUUGAUGUCAGUGCAAAAAGUGCCCUUCAUUGAUACUCAAUAAAACCCUGCUAUUUUACAUAUUGAUUACUUGAGCGUGCUAUUCAACGUAUAUUGAUCAGAGAAAAGAUACCCUCACAGUCGAACUGCAACCCGUCGACAGAAGGAAGUGAUUUUGUUCAAAGGAGAAACGUUACCGGAAGAACGAAGUGUAAUAUGACUUUUUUUAAUCGAGGUUAUAGUUUUCCGUGUUUCUCCCUCUAAUACUUUUGAGUGGAAGGCAUCUAAUGUCUCCCAGGAAUAUCACCCCUGAAUGGAAACGUUAAGGUCAUGUGAAUUAAGGAAAUGAUCGCAAACUCGAAAAGCUCUCGAUUGUUAUACAAAUACUUCUUGUAAGAAUCAGGAAAUGUAGGGAGAACCUGCAUGUGAAGGUUUACAGGGUGAAAAGAUGCGUAUCAAAAUACAAUUAACGUGUGAUCUCAAAAUAAAUGUUCAGAGGAGAAGUGUUUGUGAAACAGAGCGGGUAAGGUAGAGUGAGAGUAUUCUGUUUAUUUAGCUUUUUUCUGUUUAUUUAGCUUCUCUCUUUUCGUUUAUUAACCGGCCGUUGUAGAGAUGGACUUUGCCUAUGUAGAGAUGUGGCCAUUUUCUUAAAAAUGUGAGAUGAUAACAGUGAUUGUAUGAACCUUCCGCCGGAACAGACGAAAAAGUUGCCAUUAUCAGGAAGUGACCUCGGAAUUUCCACUUCUUUAGAACUUAUUGACACAUUGAUCAAGUGCGUGUUCAUAGUUUUAAUGUUUUCAGCUUUAAUAUGAGAAAUUCUUUGUGCAAUCGCACAAGAUCAUCUUAUAGAGAACAGUCCUCUCUUUUACGAUAUACUUUUUAACCACACCUUUUAAGACAAGGCUUCAUCAUCCUAUAUGUAGAGGUGAUGGUCAGUGUCACUCGUAGUACACAGGUACACAAUUUGGAUCGAUAGGCUCAAAACAGUUUCCUGAUAUUUGACAGCUUAUCGUUUGAUAACCAAGAUUUUCCAAAUGCUACACCGACAAUGCCAUCAUAAACAUUCGUUUUAAAUACUAGGCAUUUCCCCAACGCAAGAAUUUUCCAUAGUAACACCACAAGCGCUUAGAAACAGCCUUAAUUUAUUACCUAGUGUCCCUGAACGAAAACAAAUUAAAGUAAUAUCGAGUAUGAAGAUCCAUCUUUCUGCAAAGCGUGCCAAAACCUGUAUUAUUGUUCAUGGUCACCUGUUCUGUAAAUGAAAAACUAGGAUGGCUCUAAACGUACAGAACAGCUUUUAUCCUAAAUUUAGAGAAAGAUGAGUUUUGAAGAAAAUAAAGGAGAAAGCGUUGAGUUAAAUAUCCCUAUGUCUCUGCCUUGAGGUAUUUUUGAAUGAUACACCCCCCCACCUCCAACCAGUUUUUGGAGGAAACAUAGCUGGUAUAGACGGGACCUUCUUCAAUAGGGGACAUCAUAUGGCCAAGCUUGAAUAUGGGAGUUAACUUCAAGUGUUGAUAAAUUCGAAUUUACAAGCAAACAUGCAAUUUGCUUUCAACUGUCUUGUGUUUAUAUAUAAAUCAGCGAACCUACAAUUUUCUUUUAACUGUCUAUGAAUCUGCGAACAUGCAAAUUUCAUUACAUUUUUUUGAUAUAAAUCACCAAACUGCAAUUUUCUUUUAACUGUCUAGAUAUUAAUCAGCGAGCGUGCAGUUUUCUUCCAACUAUCCAGAUAUUUAUUUAAAUUUAUAUAUUUAUGCUUAAAUCAAACACAAUUUAACACACGUCAGUUUUAAGAACAUCAAAUGCUGAGUUGCUUGCACGUAAACACUGAUGGUACCACAACUUCUUACAUAACAUUAAUUCUCUUUAUACUGUUUUCCUUACAAAAAAGUUGAAACCUUAAUGAAGUUUGUUAAGGGAAAAAGCCCUUCAUGGAUUAAAAUCACCAUAUCGAUAAACUCAGCACAAUACCGCCUCGAUGUCUUUUUCUUACAUGUCAGUGAAGAUCCGUGUGGUGAAGAUAUCGUGAUUUUAAAAAUGUAGCAAUUCUGAUGCAAAUUAAUAUCCAUGGUGUUAAACGUUUCACAUAUUGGGGGCACCUGCAAAUGUCAUCAUCAAAGAUUGUAAUUCAAGGAUUGUAUUCUCAUCACUUGUCUGCUUGAUAAUGUAAUGAUUUUAUAAGGAGAAAUUCUGUCUUGGUCGCUCAUAAUAGUUUAAAGGUUAAACCUUUGAAAUGUGCUCUUUUUACUGCAGUUCCCUUCCAUGCAUUUACAACAUACAUUCCGCAGGAAAGAGCUAAGAGUUGACGGAAAAAUCCUAAGCUUCAUUUUUCAUGUCCUCGCAUUUCCUAUUUAGCAUACCAUUAUUUUACUGAGUAAGCCUGUUUAAGACGAUGAACAGCGGACGAGGGUCAGUUUUUAAUACUGAAAACAUGAAAAUUUCAGCGAACUGAAAGUACACAGAAACUGACUAUUAUCUUCGUUUUUGCAAGUGACGAAACGAUUUGCUAAGAAGUCUGAAAACAAAGGCAUGAUAAUUUUCUGAAAGCCCCAUUUUACAUAAAUUUUGAACUCUAUUUUGUUGUUAUUCGAAUCGUCUUAAGGGUAGCAAAGCAAACAUUCGUAGGUGGUGCUGGGCUUUAGUUUCCACUCGCGGCAUAACUAUCAUAGUCAUAAAACCAUCGCGAACACAUCCGAAGCAUGAAAAAGCACCUCAGUUACUCAAGAUCUAGCCGAGAAUUUCAUCAGCUGCAGAUUACUGGAAUCGAAAAUAAUGGCCAAAAUUAUAUCGGCGAAUGAAUAUGUCCUGAAAUCGUCGAUGUAAUGCAGAGAGAACAAUUGAUUUUUCGACGUACGCUUGAUUUUCCAAAAUAUAAGGAAUGAAUAUGUCUCCUCGAGACGCAUUAUUAGACAGGUAAUCAUAGUCAUAACAAAAUUUUCGGUUAUUUUCUCAGAAUAUGGUCUUUAUCGGUGUUCUUUCCACACGAAGUAAACUCCCCAUAUAAUCAUGAUAUGAUCGUUAUAUCGUUAGCAGAUCCAGCUUUAACAAAAUAAUGAAAGGCGUAUCAAGCAGGAUUAAAGCAUCAGUUGAUCACUCCCUGCUGAAAACAAAAAUAAUGUUAUUUCAUUUCAAAAUGUCCUCAGUAUUCAAAAAUUGUUAUGGUAUACACGUCAUGCAUACGCAUGAAGCUCAGUUCUAAAUCGGAGCCGGCACGAAGGAGUCGUGGCUGCUAUAGUUAUCCCCGCUUUGAAAGAAGGUUUUUAAUAGCAUAGAGGGCAAGAAAAAAGAACCUUCAAAGUACAUAUUUCCUCUAAUUUCGAACGGUCAGAAGCAGAAAGUUAUUGGCAUAAAAAUUAAAAUUUGCUGCUAUAGUUUCAAUCUUCAUGAAACAUUUAAAUGACAAGGAAGGGAGAAAGGUAUAAUUGGCAAACAAAAACCUCUCACAAGUUAUGUCGAAAGUUAUAUUUAUUUUCUUCCUUCCAUCGUUGAUUGAAUAGUAUCCAUGUGUUUGGUUAAUAUUUCCACUUUUUCAGCUAUUUUAGCUUGGUCAAUGAAAAUAAUAAAGGUUUUAUAUCGGAUAUUUUAAACGCUAAUGAACGCCUGCUGUAAACUUUAGAUUCUACUCAAUUGUUUGCUAUUGGAGAUCAAUUCUGAGUGAUUUUGUGAUGAUGCAAAAUGAGGAAACAAAUCCGCAGAUAAUCUUACAUUUAGCAAAUAAAGGACGAUUUGAAGGAGAUUUUAGCAGUUUACAGCCAAGAAAGUUAAUAUUAUGGAAUGUUGUGUCUUUUUUUGAGAGUUAACCUCACCAUCCUCCAAAAAAGCUGUAUUGAAAAACAUUGACAUAGAUAAGUGAAUGUGUCAUAAAUAUUAAAAAGGGUAUGUCAGAUGAAUUGGCUUUUUUUUUGGGUCAGCUUUUAAAACGAACCAACUUAGAAAGAGCCAUAUCAUAGUCUCGUACCGAAAUCUGUUUUUAGGUUGAGUUUUAGGAGAGUAGCUAAUAAAACUACUGUGGUGCGCCCGUUUACGAAAGUUUUUCGAUCCUUUUAGUCCAAGAUUAUAAUUAACAAUUGUUUUAAGCUCUACCCUAGGAUGAAUAUUGUAGUGUUUAUUUCCUUUUACUAUCUCGGCUGUUUUCAUGUUUUCCUUUGACAAAUUUGUUAUGAGUCAUCAGCUUCGCAACGGACACUCGAUAGGACAAUGGAGCUUUAGUGAUCACAUCCCUUAAGUAAAAUGACUCCAAUUUAAAUGAGUUUCUUCUUCAAGUAAUUCAAGAGAGUUUUUCAAUGACUGUCAAUUUUUAUUCUGGUAACAGAAUUUUAUCCAAAUAUUUAAUGCAAACGAUGUCAUAUUCAUCAGGAGGAUGUCAAGACCGACCAUUGUUGUAAUUGAACCCUCAUCAAUUCGUGCACUUACCAAGUAACUAACGUACAUUGUUCACAAUAGGAACAGGAGAGACGGAUUUUCAGCUCUGUUUCACCGGAUGUAGGAAAAAUUGCAUCGGUAAAACUGUUCUUGGUGUUGCGCGAUCAAAUUAGAUAUUCAAGUUUAGCUUUCAGGAAAGGUGUCGCAAGUUAAGAAAUACUAGCCAGCUUCUAAAUAAUUUGCCUCUCAUGUGACCAGGCGAUUCAUUAGUCAUCCUCAGCCAUAUUAAUCAUCAAAUCAAGAGUUUCUACAUAAAAGCUUGAGCAGUGUCCGUUGGUGUUAAUCAUGAACGAGACUGCUGAAUCACAUGAAGAUGAACACGGACAUUUUGAAGGAAUUCCAACAGCAUCAGUCGCGCUUUUGGCAGGAAUUUGUAGCGCUUUGCUUGGCUUCGUUUCAUUCGCAACAAACAGUGUUCUUCUAUGGACUCUUUUCAAAGAUCCGUACAUGUAUUUCCGAGUGCGCCCUACAACUUUUCUCGUGGCAAGCCUCUCGUUAAGUGAUUUACUUGGAGGAAGUUUUGUGCAGCCUUUGUACUCAACAUACAUGCUUUGCCAUCCAUGUCGAGUUAAUUUACCUAGCCUACACAAGAUUUCUACUAUUUCUUCUCAUAUUAGCACCAAAAUAUCAAUUUCAACGGUCGUGGCGUUAUCAGUGGAUAGAUUUCUGGCUAUAAAGCUUAUUUGGAAGUAUAGGACGCUUAUAACAGUGCGAAAGGUCGUCAUAUGUGACAUUUUGAUAUGGCUCUUUUGUGGGCUGUUUGAAGCAUGGCACUCAAUAAGUACAUCAGAGGAAAUAUUCCAUACAGUGGAUCUUCAUCUUCAGUCUACGGCUCCACUGACAAUACUUUGCGUUGUCAACGCAGCGACUUACAUUGAAUUCCGCCGAUAUUCAAGAAACGUCACGUUUCUGCAACAAGACAAUGGAGGAAGAUCGCGCGUUUCUGCUCGGAACAUCGGUCUGGAAAAAAAGAUCGUUUUGACAAUCAUCCUGAUCACAAUCGUGCUGUUUAUAUCAAUUAUGCCCUACCUAAUUGUUACUAACUUGAAGGAGCGGUGUCUCGAGGAACAAAGCAAUGUGUGUGAUGGGCUAGCUUUUGAAAUAACAAGAGCUCUAUCAAUGUCGAUGUUGUGCGUUAGCUGCGCUGUAAAUCCGUUCCUAUACGCGUGGAGACUACCGCAGUAUCGACAAGCGCUAAGAGCUGUUUGCCGCACAACUUUCAAUAGGUCUGAUUGA